AUGAUGGAGAGAUUAGAAAACCUGACUGACCCAAGCCUGUGCUUGCAGGAUUUGGUGUCGUCCACAGGUACUGAUCACCAUAAUGUCGGUCUGCAACAUGCAUCUCCGGCGUCUUUUCACCAUCCAGUCCACGACGGAAGUGCUGGCUUACACCAAGGUAUGCUGAGCCAUCACCAUGUUCAUCACCACGAUGGACACCAUCACCACCACCACGCAGCAGUACCAUGUCCACCUACGCUGCUACAUCACGAACCACUGGAAAAACUAAAAAGAGUUUGGGCAGAGACAGGAGACUUUAGAGAUAACAAUCACCAUGGUCUUACUACUGACCACCAUUCGUCGCAGCUGAAUUUCGGAUCAUCCAGGAGUAGAAAUCGUGAUAGGAAAGUAGGUCGACCGGAUGCGAUAGGUGCCACCGGCAUCAAAACAGAAGGCAUCGAUCAAGGUGUAGGAGUGGUCACUGAUGACGUCAAAGACUCCAAUAUCAAAAACAACAAGAACAACAAAAGACAGAGAAGGCAAAGGACGCACUUUACUUCGCAACAACUUCAAGAAUUAGAAGCUACAUUUACUAGGAAUCGGUAUCCUGAUAUGAGUACCAGGGAAGAGAUAGCCAUGUGGACGAAUCUUACGGAAGCCAGAGUCCGGGUAUGGUUCAAAAAUCGAAGAGCUAAAUGGAGAAAACGAGAAAGAAAUGCAAUGAACGCUGCAGCAGCUGCAGCUGUUGAUUUUAAAAACGGGUUCGGUACGCAAUUCAACGGCCUCAUGCAGCCAUUUACUGAUACGGACUCAUUGUACAGCACAGCAUACACGUCGUACAACAAUUGGGCGACAAAAGUACCUAGUCCAUUGGGAUCGAAAACAUUCCCUUGGUCUGUGAACCCUUUGGGUUCGGUAAAUCAUCACCAUCAUCAAGCUCCGGUAAACUGUUUUAAUGCAGCUACGUCAGCAGCCGGCUCUAUGUUAUCUUCUCCAGCCCCCCAAAAUGGACCUCCAUAUUGUCCACCUACAGCACCAUACUCUGUGUACCAUCAUAGGCCUGCUGAACCCUGUAAUGUCAUGUCUAGUAGCAUUGCCAGUCUUCGACUCAAAGCCAAACAGCAUGCCUCUGGUUUUGGGGGAUACCAACCGGUUGGGUCGCCGGGCUCCCUUGGCGGACCAAAUGGCAAUUCUAUAAACGGAGGUAACAAUCGAUCAUCGUCAUCGUCAUGUCAAUACGGUAGUACGAACGGAGCAGGCGGAACCGGCGCGGGCGGUGGCAGUGGAGGUGGCGGAGGCGGUAAUUCUGGUAGUGAAGGUACAAGGACACCUGUCUGACGUGAAGAGCGCACCGGAGGAAGCGUCCGGUAUACGGUCGAGGACCUAUUAGAUUUCAAAGAAGAAAUGGAUGGUGCAGACGAAGACGACGAAGAAGAAGAAGAGGAAGAUGACAGAGGCAUGAACAAUCAGCAUCACCAUCACCAUCAGCUGGACAGUGGUGUUAAACACGAUUUGAUGCAAAUGCAAACGGCUACUGCAGUUGCAAUGCUCUAAUCUUCCAAUUCCUACACGGUACAUACAAAUUUUAAUUUUUCUCAACUCCUAGUGAAUCUUUGCGACUGCUUCUUCAUAAAUUUUCAGUUUCUAUAAUAUUAUUUAAUGUAAAUAAAAUUAUAAUUAGGUAACUUUAGACUUUUUUCGAUGUAUGCAUAAUUUUCCAAUGUAAAUAUGAUAUUGAAAAUAAUUAGUAAAAAUAAUCAAAUAAUUGAUUAUAUAUAAUGUACAGUGUAUACGAUAUAUUGUUUUGUUUUAAAUACCUGCUAAGUAUGGCAAUAAAGGAAAUCAUCCAUCUAGUCCAGUUUAAAUUUAUCACAUAGAAUUAGAUUUAAAAUAUGUUUUUUUCGUAAGAUGUGUAAAUAUAUACAAAUUUUGAGGGGUAUAAUGUAUUUCAAUUUUUAUGAGUAAAAUGUAUAGAAAAUUAUACGAUUAAACGCCAAAGUUAAAUCCAAACAGAACUAAAAAAUAUUGCUUAAAUUGUAUUACAAAAAGUAAAAAUAUUCGGCCAUCCAUUGUAUCCGUAUAAAAAAAAAUGUUUCAUUGGUAUCAGUUGAAAUGUUUAUAAAUAUUUUAAUUAGUAAAAAAUACACUGGAAAGUGCCUGUCAAUAUUAUUUAACAUGAUUUCUACUAAACAUUAAUAUGUAAUUUUUGUACAUUUUGCAAACAAUAAAAUCUGUACUAAAUUGACAGUAUAGUUGAUUUGUAUUAUAAUCAUGUAGUUAUGUGAAUGUUUAACUUUUUUUUUUUUUGUUCGAGGUUUUAUUGUAAUGUCAUGAGUG